UGAAUAAUCUCGGCCUCCGUAGAUGAAAAUGAUCGAAGAUGCCUGUUUAUGACUAAUAAACAAUCGAUGUAAAUAGCCGGAGGGGGAUCUCCGGUAUGAAAAAGUAGGGGAUUCUCUUCGUCGCAUUUUGUUAUGAACACCCUAAGUCAGCCCAGAGUUCUUGAUUUUUCCCCUAAGCGAGACGAAUAGCAUCCCCGACCUUUUCAUAUGGGAGUCCACCCACCCCUCCAACCCCCGGGUGUAAAUAUUCAUAUAACCUAGCAGCUACGAAAUAAAAAUAAAAUAUUGUAAAUACGCAGACACACAUUAGCCUGCACGCGCAUUGGAGACGACCGGCAAAGCUAAAGCUUCGAAGAUGUGUAAAGGAGAGUUUCGUCUGAGAAACGUUACGUUUUGGUAUUCCGUUCGCCGUGAUUUUACCGACUCUAGGUGGCUGUCUCUACCGGUUUUUGUGGUGUAUCGCUUGGCUGUAACUGCUUACAACCUUGCAUGGCUGUUUUACAACAUCCACUUGUACGGAGCGAAAAUGUUCAUCUACUUAACUAACUGGACUUACACUAUAUUGAACAUCUACUUUGUCUUUGCAACAACGCUCUCUUGUAUCGCCCUUUAUAAAGACCUGAGUAAGGAAACGGAGACCACAACUCUAGCUACAGAUGAACAGACGGUGGAGAUCGAAAUGGAGCUUGGCAACUACGGCGCAGUUGAUCAAGAUAGCGAAGACGCCAGCGAAAAAGACGCCCUGCAGUGUCACCACAAGUUCUUUUGGUUCAUCCAUGUCAUUGCUGCAACUGCCGGCUUGUGGGUAACCGCGGGGUACUGGAGCGUGUUGGCAGAUGAUAACCCAGUUGAUGCCAAUAAUAUUACAAAGCACGCACUCAAUUCCGUCUUCAUGGUGAUUGACACAAGCCUGAGCGCCAUCCCAGUUCGUCUCCUGCAUUCCCUGUACGCCUUGCUUUACAUUGUCAUUUACCUCGUCUUCUCCAUUAUCUAUUGGCUCCUUGAUGGAACCAAUAAUCAAGGGAAUACUUACAUAUAUAAAAGUCUGGAUUACGACAACUUCAAGCCCAUCGUUGGAGGCCUGAUUGUCGUUUUCCUUCUCGUGGUUUUGCCUGGUUUGCAUCUGAUCUUAUUUGGCAUCGCCAAGUUACGAGAUCAUCUUCACAGGAAGUAUGAAGCACGAAGUCACACUACGUGAAAUGACGUAAUUAACGUGACGUGACAUCAAAUGGCAUGACAUCAGACGACAUCACAUGACAUGAAACGAUAUGUUAUAAUAUGACACAACACCACAUGACAUGACAGGAAAUGACAUGACAUAACUUGACAAGGAAUGACAUGACAAUACAUGAUUUGACAUUACAUCACUGCACCCAACCUAAUAAUGACAUGACAUUAUACGAACUUAUAGUGACAUGACGUGACAUGACCCGACCUACUAAUGAUUUGAAAUGACAUCACAAGACCUCACAGUGGCAUGACACGACAUAAUCUAAUAACGACGUGACAUGACAUUACACGACCUUAAUUAUAGUCACAUGACGUGACCCAGCCUAAUAAUGAUAUGAUAUGAUAUUGUACGACCAAAUAGUGACAUGACAUGACAUGACAAGACCUUAUAGCGACAUGACAUAACAUGAACUUUCCUAAUAAUGACGUAACAUGACAUUACACGACCUUAUAGUAACAUGACAUGACUUCACCGAAGCUAAUAAUGACAUGACAUAAAAUGACAUGACAUGCCUAGACUUCAAAAACUUUCAAGGAAGGCUGAAAUAAAUAUUUGUCAGGGCAUGAUAGAACACAGCUUGACUACUUGGUUAUAUAAGGUAGGGUAAAUCGCAUGGUAGUUAUCGAUGCGUGAGAAUUAAACGAGUCAUGUUAGGUCGAUAAAUUUUUAUUCAUUUAGUUUAGCAGAGUUUAUGUGUGUUUACAGUGGCAUGCCUGUAAACUAGCUAAGCUUAGUGCUUGUAUACGCUAAGCGCACGGCCACUGUAAAUAAGAUUUACAUUUUACAUGUACAUAGGCACUUCUUCCCUAUGUAAAAUCCGGUAGGAAGGUAUUGUAACAAUCUUAAGUAUGUUGGGACAUGGCCCGCGGUCCUUUAGAGCUGUUAAGAGAAAUAUUUUCCUCUAUGUGAAAGUAAUAUUUUUGUAGUAACGGAAACUUUGAGGAGAGAGAAGGAAUAAUUUAACGUCCUUAAAUUUCUUAAGGUCAUGGUCUUAAGGCCAUGUGUUAGUUAAGGAAAAAUAGAAAGGUAAUAUGGGUCAAAAAUGGUCAAAACUACUCUCCCUUAGUUCUAAAGAGCCGGUCUAGACAGAUAGAACGGAACAAUUCGUGAUAUCAUGCUGGUGACAGAAGACUAUAGAAAUCAAUUGCAAAAAAGGUUAGCAAGAUGACGGGAGAAACGAAUAAACUAAAGGAUAGCAGGUUUUCUAGCGUGGCUGAGUGGUUUAGGGCGCUGGUGUUGUAAUCCGGAGGUCCCGGGUUCAAGGCCUCCACCCUGCCACUAGC